UUUUGAUUGCACACUCGAUCUCAACUCCGUAAUUCGCUUCGUAAUAUUGUUUACGUUGCAUACGGACGACGAAAUUAGUUACAUACAUUUAUACUUUAAUAUAAAAUAAGAUUUUGUUAAUUGAAACAAAGCCUUCAAUUUGGUUUAAAACAGUUAAUAAAUAAACAUAUUUCUACAUUUUAACAGACAGCGCGACACAAAUAUGAGAAUAAUUUUUAACAAGAAAGUCCUGAUAUGGGCAGUGAUAGUCGCAUUGGUUGUAGUUGGUGUGAUCCUUGGAUUGGUAUUUGGUCUAAGAAAAGAAUCACAAAGAGAAACAAUUGCUGCCGCCGUGGUUUCGAAUGGAAGAGGUUGUGCCGAUAUAGGCAGUCAAAUGUUAAAUGAUGGUGGAUCAGCUGUGGAUGCCGCAAUCGCAACCCUACUUUGUGAGGGUGUGAUUCUCCCACACAGUAUGGGGAUAGGCGGAGGUUUCUUUGCUACAAUAUACACCAAGUCCACUCGUAAAAUUGAGACAUUGGUAGCGCGAGAGAUGGCGCCUUCCCGAUCUCAAAAAGACAUGUUUGUUGGUGAACAAAAUAUUAAAGGUGCCCGUGCUGGUGCUGUACCUGGAGAGAUACUUGGUUAUUGGGAAAUGCACCAAAAAUACGGCCGACUUCCUUGGAAAGUACUGUUUCAACCGACCAUAAAGUUAUGUAAAGAAGGUCAUUGGGUUUCUAAGUACCUUGCUGCAGCUAUAAAAUCUAAGUUGAAUGAAAUUCGUAAUGAACCUUCGAUGAGAGAAAUUUUUCUGAAAGAAGAUGGUACACCAUUUGUUGAAGGAGAUUAUAUGAAGCGGACUCAAUUGGGAGUCACACUAGACAAAAUUGCUGAAAAUGGCGCCGGAGAGCUUUACGGUGGCGGAGAAGUCGGUAAAUUGUUCAUAGAAGAUAUUGAAGAACUAGGUGCAAUUAUUACCGAGGAUGAUUUGAAAAACUUCAAAGUACGUUGGGAGGACACUAAUCACAUUAUAGCAAAUGUAACAGGUGGAUAUACUCUUUACACUACACCCCUUCCAUCCAGUGGCGCCUUACUUGCAUUUAUGCUAAAUGUUUUGACCGAUUUACAUACCGAUAGUGAAGAAAUUUACUGGCAACGUGUGGUUGAAACAUUCAAGCAUGCUUAUGGUCAACGCACAAAUUUGGGUGAUAUGGAAAAUGAACCCGACCUAAAGCAGACAAUUGAAGAAACCUUUAAUAAUUUGAUUAGCCAAGAGUUUGCUGACCAUGUACGGACAUUAAUUUUUGACAAUAAAACAUUUGAUAAUUACAAUUACUAUGGUGCGAACUUCACCUCUGUAGAAGAUCACGGAACCGCUAACAUGGCGGUAUUAGCGGCGAAUGGUGAUGCUGUAACUGUUACCAGUACAAUAAACAAUUAUUUUGGUAGUAAAGUCCGAUCACAUCGUACUGGUAUUAUUCUUAACGACGAAAUGGACGACUUUUCAACUCCGGGAAUAGUCAAUAGCUUUGGAAUACCUGCCUCCCCUGCUAAUUAUAUACAUCCAGGGAAAAGGCCAAUGUCUUCGAUGUGCCCGGCAAUUAUACUCGAUCAAUAUGGCAAUGUGCGAAUGCUAGUUGGAGCGGCUGGCGGUAGCAAGAUAACCACCUCAGUUGCGACGGCAAUCAUCAAAUAUCUUAUCUUAAACCAGUCAUUAAAUGAGGCUAUAAAUGGAGGAAGACUACAUCAUCAAUUAGCUCCAAUGCAGGUUGAUGUUGAGGCCGAAGUAUUACCAUCAGUGUCUGCAUAUCUGAGCAAAGUGGGUCACAUUCUAAAUGUUUCACCAGAAGGCUCGGGAUUUGCUGCUCUGACUGCAAUCGGUGUACGCGAUGGCAUUCCUGAACCAUUUUUUGAUCGACGACGAGUUGGAAGCACUUCAACGGUAUCUCUUAAAAAUAAAAUGGUUCAUUAAAGAUGGAUCGAAGCACAUACAAACUUGGUAGUGUCUGUUGAAUACGAUUGUUUUAAAGAUGUUUGUUUAUGUAAUAAUUGUGAUAUUAAAAUACUAACCUUAGUAAAAUACUAAUCUUCAACCUAAAUUCAAUGGAGAAGUAUUAGCUAAUGUAGUUUCAACUAUUUAAUCAAAUAAAAAUAAAUUUAAACUCGCUAAACUUAUUUGUAGCAAACAUAGUA